ACGGCAGGUCGGACACCCCGCAGAGAACUGCAUAGGACCGACCUGAAGUUCACGACGAAAACCAGGGGUCUGGGCUCUUUUUGGGGUGGAGUUGUCGGCAACCAAAAGGAAUGUAUGCGGGGCAAGCAGACUCGUAGCUGGAUCUAUCUUCGGCUGUACCGGCGAAAGCUGUCGCCUACACAGCGGUGCAUAAAAAGGCAAGAGGAGCAGAAAAGGAAGCCUCGAAGUGGGUUUCGGCAGGGUGAGACAAUUGAAAAGUUGAAAUCCCUCCCUUCCUCUACCUGUCGGCCCCCCCUGCACUCUGACCUGUGACCCCAACCUCGCCUCCGACCAUGGCGCACCGAUCUCAAAGUUCCUCGGUGGGCGAUAACCCUCUCGACCCUAACUACCUCCCCCCCCACUACCGUGAGGAGUACCGCCUGGCAAUCGACGCGCUGAUCGAAGAUGACUCCCAGGGUUACUAUGAGUUCCUCCAGAAGGCCGACGUGGUGCCCUUCCUGUCACAGCCCGAGAUCGAUCACAUCAAGUCCACCCUCCAGACUCCCAGCCAGAGCCAGUCUGCCAGUAUGCCAGAGCUGACCUACCAUGAGGGAGUUAUGGAGGACGAUGGAUCAUCUGACACCUACUGGCCAGUGCACUCCGACCUGGACGCUCCAGGCCUGGACCUGGGAUGGCCCCAGCAGCAGCACAGCUUCAUAGGGCCCACGGAGGUCACCACCCUGAUCAACCCCUCGGACCCUGAGAUGCCCAGCAUCAAGGAGCAAGCCAGGAGGCUCAUCAAGAGUGCAUAUCAUGUUAUCGCCGUGGUGAUGGACAUCUUCACGGAUGUAGACAUCUUCUCUGACCUCCUGGACGCCGCAGCCCGCCGCGUCCCUGUCUACAUCCUAUUGGACGAGCAGAACGCCCAUCACUUUGUUGCCAUGGUGAACAACUGCAGGGUUAACUUGGACUUGAUUCAAAUGAUGCGUGUGAGGACUGUGGCAGGAAUAACAUACUACUGCCGAACGGGGAAGUCUUUCAAGGGACAGGUUAAAGACCGCUUCCUCCUGGCUGACUGCAGAGCUGUCAUCAGUGGAAACUAUAGCUUCAUGUGGUCCUAUGAGAAGAUACACCGCUGCAUCGCCCACCUCUUCCUCGGGGAGCUUGUCGCCAGCUUUGAUGAGGAGUUUCGUAUUCUCUUUGCUCAGUCAGAGCCUCUGAUAAUCGACCAAUCAAUUGUGCCACAUGGCAACUCAGAUUAUCAAAGCAGUCAGUUUGGUUUGAAGCGAUCCCAGUCAUUGCUGAGCAACAGGGCUUUUCCACGACAAAACGAGCUUCCCUCUGCGUUGCCCUACGGAGAAUCUGAGCGGAAUCCUCUCGCGUUUCGAAGGAACGAACCCUUUCGACACUCGAUGGAGCCCACGGCAGGCAUAACGAUUGGAAAGUAUGCACAGCAGCAGUUUCACCUUCAGCAGUCGUACUUAGAGCAGGGAAGGUCCAUAGUCUCGAGACAGAUGGAGCUGAGCUCUACUGGAUUCAAGAGACACAGCUACGCGGAAGGCACCCAGGAGAGCUACUCGUCGUCAAAGCAGUACAUGAAACACAGAGUCAUGAAUAAUCUGGAAGAGACUGAUUAUCAGAGGGAGCAGACCCAACAACGGUCUUAUUACCAUGAGGGGCCGGAACAUGGAUCUGGCCAUGGACAUUAUGACAGACUCCAAAUGCAUGCUUCGAAUCUCGCCUUAGAUCAGCGUUCAGAAUCAAGCUACACAUCUGAACCACCUGUCGUUGGAGGCUACAGUCGAGAUUACUUCUCGUCGGAUGACCUGAAAGGACCUGAAGGGCUCCAUGGACAUCACGAAGCAGGGCGAUAUGAAGGAGUUUCAACACAGAAGAGGCCCACCCUAGGCCAACCCUUUGCAUGCCAGAACUCUCCGACGCAACCCCACCCUCCAGAGAAACAGCCGUUCCUGAAGCCGCCUGAACAGGAGCGGGAUCAAGACCCGAGUGCCAGACAGGGCAUGAGGAGUUGGAGGAUCAACUCCUUCCUCAGCACAUACGAGGAUGGGGGAGAGGAAGGCCUACCUCAGGCACUAGGCCCGGAUGCAUUUGAUGAUGAUCCAUCAGCUCAACAGGUAGCGGACCCUCAACGUUCUACAAAUCGCUACGGGAUAAAAGAAAUGCCCUCUAAACCAGAUGUUCUGAGACCACGCUUUGGGAAACCCGUUUUACAUGACAACAGCGAGAAAGACUCUGGCACAACCAGGGUUCUGCAGCCCAGCACUACCUAUAGUCACCACAUGAUGGAGAAAGAAAGAGAGAAGGAGAGUGACAUGGAGAGGGACAGAUUGGGAACCAGGGAGGGAACAGGAGAUGUGGAGAUGAAGGAGGGUCCAGAGGUCACUGUUUCCAAGAACGAGUCAUUCCGCACCCGUGUCAACCCGAUGCUCAUGAGAAGCUCUCGGCUUCGCUCCUCCCUUAUCUUUUCCUCCUCAAAGGUGGAAAAGCACAGCGGGGGCCUGGGUCUGAACCCCGCCACAGAGGAAGACGAGGAUCUAGACCAUAUCCGCACCACCUCUAUAGUGGCUCAGAUGCUUGAGAAGAGGAAGUCCUUGAACCGGGAGCCUUUUGAGUGGAGGAAGAAGACAGAGGAGAAGGACAAGGACGAUGAGAAACAGAAAGUACCGGCCAAAGAGAAGGGGGAGACCAGCUUUAAAGACCUCAAAGAUAAAUUUCAGAAUGCAAGCCAAGAAAUUAAGACUUCACCAGCUGAAGCGCCCUCCAAUGUCACUGCAGGUUCUUUGAAAACUCAACAAGAAUCAUCAUUGAAUAUGAACGAUCCAGCUAGUCGCCUACAGUAUUUUAAAGAUUUGGCCGCCAAGAGAAAAGCCUCAAGAAUGGAGACAGAAACAGCACUCAAAGCCAUCGGGCCAAUUGAAAAGAAGCCCGACCUUUUGGAUAAAACACAUCAUAGCACAGCCACUCACGACAUCCCAUCUGUUUCUGUUAACCCACCAGAACCUGAACCCAAGAAGUUAGACAUCUCAUCUAGGCUAGCGGAGCUCACUCGCAGAUCGUCUGUCAGUGGAAACAAGCCACCUGCGGUCUCGACCAAGCCGUCAGUAAACCAGCUGAAGCCAACAGAGCCAGAUUCCACUCGGAAGGCGGGGAAUGGGUCAGAAGUUCAGAAGAAGGACCCUUUCAAGUCUCUGAAGCCCUUUCCCUCUCCAAACAUCUUCCGAAAGGACCCGUUGAAGCUCAAAGCACUGAACCCUCGUCGGGUGUCUAGUGGUGAGGACAUGCUGACAGCGGAUGCAACCGACGCAGAGAAGAGUGAACUGAAGAAGAGCCGCUCGCACAGCUCUUCAUCCAUGAUGCGUUCUGACUCAAGGGACGUACUCAACAAGUAUUGUGGCUCCAAUACUUCCAUCAACACAAUAGGGAGUGAUGGCAAGAGUGAGGGGAAGCCUCUGGAUUUCCUCAAGAAGCAGACGCAGAGGUUAAAGGGCCUCCUUGGGCCUAAAGAUAAGGACAAGAAAUCUGCUGCUAGUGCCGAUGAAAAGACCAUGAGAACUGUGGUUGAAAUCACUGAAGACUCCAGCAAAAAGUCAAGCACGUCUUCUCACACGGGAUCAAGCAACAAUGACCAACCCAACGCUAACCACAAAGUGUCAGCGGGAACCUCUGGACCAUCGCGGUACCAGUCCACCGGUGGCUCGGUGCUGUUCAGCAGCAACCUACGAGACGACACCAAGGUCAUCCUGGGCCAGAUCUCUGCCAACAGUCAGAAGAACCGCCUGGACCAGGAUAAAGCAGGCGGGGCCAAGGAGGGCGACCCUGGAGACAAGGGCCUGGAGAGACAGAAUUCAUUGAGGAAGACUCUCUUUUCGCGACCCCAAACCAACCCACAGGAGAGAGAGGGCCUGCUGAAGAGGAUGGAGAGUAUGAGGAAGGAGAAGAAGGUGUACAGUCGCUUUGAGAUGGGGAACAACCUUGGAUAACUAAAGAUGACUGACACUUUUGGCUUGGAAAAUCUAUGCAAAUGAACAAAAAGACUCUUUCCGUAACGUGCCAACAACCCUAUAAAUGUACCUCAACAGCUGCCCAUUCAAGCAUUACUGGAUUUUCUUACAAAGCAAUAAACCUAGUUUUGAGUGUGCAGUUGUGGCAAGCAUUGGCACCACAUUUAUUUAACCAUAUAUGGUGAAAGAAUGAAAGGAGCGUGACCUGCCUCUGAUACCGACUGCUGUCGGCAACAUUUCACCAAGCAAUAAAAAGCCAAUGCUCUAAGAGAGACGUUGGGCCCUUGUGGGUGUAAACAUGCACAAGUAGGCUGCAAGUAAGUGGUGCGGAGAAUUUUUUUUACAUCAAACAAUGUCAUGUACUUAAUAUGCAACUGGAUUGAACAAGCCUGUGCAGAACAGCACAUUCCUAGUUCCGGUGCGCCUGUGUCUAUAACAGACUAUUGACUUAGUAAAGAAAUAAAUGGUAAUGCGGAAAGUAUGCCUCUUGGGAGGGGACAUUUUUAGAAAUGUCUCAAAAUUGAGAGCAGAAAAAACAUGAGUAUAUAUAUCAAGCACUUCCAAUGUUGAGUUCGGUAUCCGCAGCCCUUAUAAUAUUUCUGUAGAAAGGUGGGAUAUAGAUUACGUUUGGUUAAAAAAUAAAGACUUGAAUGUGCCUUUCGAAAGGGUGGGGCCUCUCAGGACUGACUUUUAAAAUCAAUUAUUCAGGGAAGGGCUAGGCCUGCUGGAGCACAUCUAAAGGGAAGAAAGCGUGGGUUACUAUCACUGGUCCUUUCUUCAAAACAAUGCUGGUGAAAGUUUGCCUAUGCGCUGAUCCACUCAUUACUUAAGGUGGAUUGUACACCACUGAAAUAAAUUCUUUAUAGGACUAUGCCAGAUCCGUCAUCCAUUGAGUGGAUAGACUCUUAAUGCUGGACGAAGGCCAAGCUGAUGACACUCACAAAUCUUCUCCGACCUACGCCCUGAGCAGGUCCACUAACCUGUUUGUCUCUCAAUUGGACCAAUGACGUGGCUUUGAGGCUCAGUGAGCACUAGUCUUAAUGUGUACUAUGUUGAGACAUUGAGGGUCCAACAGAGUUCUUCAGCACUAAGAGGAUAUUUGAAUAUGUUUUCUUCAAGGAAUAUUAUUGUAAAUAUUAACAUGAAUAAGGGCUUGGUGAGGCUAUUUAUACAGUAACUGGUAACGAGUAGGUUAAAUAUUUUGUAAGUGUCUUAUAGUAUCUAAUACCAAUUAGUUUAAGUACAUUAUCAAAGAAAUAAUGAUUCACAAUGACAACAAAUCAAUUUGCUGAACAGAUUUUUUUUUUUUUUAAAGUGAAUUGUAAUAUAUGUUAGAAUAUUUUGCUGCAACAAACUCAUCUAUUAAAUGCGCUAAAAAAGAAUUUGCUUUUGUUGCUGUAAUCAGUAUUGAUGACCUCCACAACUUCAUAAAUGCCAAAAAAAAAAAAAAUACUAGUCCCUAUCUCGUUUCUUUAUUAGUACCAUAAUCAGAUAAGAUUGUGGAUGGUUGUUGUGAGAGGGAAAGGGAUAUCAAAAUAUCUCAAGAUCUCACAAAAUUAUACCUGGCCAGUGGUUGCACUCAGCUAGAAGGGAGUCAUAAUAAUAUAUCAUAAGAUCUUGACGAGGGAACAAGAAUUAUGGAUGCACUUCCCUAAUGAUUCUGGCCUACUGUUGUCAGAACAUAUGUUAUAGUGCUAGUGCUUUAAAUCAAUGAGGAUUUGGUUUGAUGGCUUUCCCCCAAGGUGUGUAUAUUUUUGUACAAAAAUGUAUGAAUAAGAUAAGAUAAGAUAGACUUUAUGGUCAUUGUACAGUCACCUAUACAACGAAAUUGGGAGUGCCAACUGAAGGUGCAUUACACAUACACUGGAAAAAGGGUUUUAAGCCGUACUUCAUCUGAUUAUUAUUUUGUAAUUCAAUUCAAAUAAACAUUUUUUGUUUUAUUUUUAAAAUAACUUUUUUUUAUUUCAAAAUACUGUGAAAUAUAGAUAUUUUUAAUUAGGAGCUCAAUUAAGAAAUAUCCAUUUUGACAAAUGUAAAAUUUUAAGGUUGUGUAUUCAACUGAUUAAUAAUUUUGUCAUUCAAUCCAAAUAAUUUUUUUUGUUUUCUUCCUAAAACACUGUUAUACUUGAUUAGGAGCUCAAUUUAGAGAUAUUUGUUCAGACAAAUGUACAAUUUCAAGGUUACGUACAAGCCUGCGCAUGCGCAUUAAAUACAAAGACGCUUACGACUACUGGACCAAACCGCAGUGUUGCCAACUUAGCGAUUUUGUCGCUAUAUUUAGCUACUUUUCAGACCCCUUUGGCGACUUUUUUUCAAAACAGCGACAAGCGACAAAUCUAGCUUCUUUUUCAGCUGCUAUUGGUGACUUUUGGCGACUUUUUGAGGUGAAAGCACUAGCCUUGACCAGAGUGACGAUGACUCACUGGUUCUGUGAGCUAGGACAGUCUGUCUGUGUCUGGAGGGAGGUCUGGAGUUGGUCUAACUCUGCGAUUUAGAUUGUUAAUAUAUAUAGUAUAUUGUGUGGUGGCAGUAGCUCAGGUGGUAGAGCGGGUUGGCUGGUAAUCUGAAGGUUGUUGGUUCGAUCCUCGGCUUCACCAAGCAGUGUAUCGAGGUGUCUUUGGCAAAGCACCUAACCCUGACUGAUGUCGCGAUGUGAUGUCGAAUCCAGACAGAAGCGCCUCAAGGCCAUGAAGCGGCGAGAGCCGAGCGGGAAAAAAUGAUGAUGAUGUAUACAAUAAUGAGAAACAAUUGUUUGAUUAAAUUGUAAUCUUUUUGAUUGGAUAAACCAAAUUAUUUCUGAUAGAUAUUUCUUAAAUGAGAACCAAUUGUUGGAGUGAAUCAAUAUUUUUUUGUUUAGGAUUUAACAUACGAUUUAAAUGUAUUAACUUCAUUCAAAGAAUAUAAUUAUACUUGGUGCCAAGUUGUAUUAUUUUGUUUUUAUGAACAUAGGAAAUAUUGUUUGAGGCAAGCUAUAUAUUUGUCAUUGGCUCAAGUUAUGUAAUAUAGAUGUGAACCAUUACCCAUGUUUUUUUUAAUUGGUUCAACAGAAGGCUUUUUCCAGUGUACAAAAUAAAUAAAUAAACAAGCAAUUUAAGUUAAAAAUUGUGAAAAAAACAAGACAGAAAUAAGAAAAACAUUUGGAACAACACAAGGACAGGUGAUGUCAGAAUAAAUAAAUAUAAAGGCCGUAAGCAUAUUGCACUUUAUAGAAAGUGAGGAAUCUGUGUUUCAAGUUUCUUAACGUUUUGUAGAUGGCUUUCAAAUAUAUACAAUCUAUACAAUAUAAAAUGUAUUUCAGUCAAGACCUAAAAACAAAAUUUGGUCCGAACUGUAUAAGCAUAAAAUAUUCAAUCUGGGUCAUUCAAUUUAAUCUUGAGUGACCAUAUAUUAAAGCGGUUUAUAAAUACACAUUUUUUAGGAUAGUCACAAAGCCAAAUCAUCAUCGUUGACCUAAGAUAGCACCAUGACCUGAGUACUCCUACGUAACAGACAAAUAUGUUCUGACAACGGUAGCAUUAUAUCAUUAGUGAGGUCUAUCCUUACCUGUGGUUCUCUGAUAGAGAACUUCAGAACAUGAUGAUUGGAGAUCUUAUGAGAUAUGAUUAUAUCUUCUUCCUUCCUGGCUGAGCGCAACAACUCUCCAGGUUUCCAUUCUGACUAUAAGAAAAUGUUAAACAAAUACAUAUAUCUGUAAUGCAGCCUACAUCACAGGUGUGUUGUCCUCAAAGCAAACGGACAAUGAAGUCCCAAUCUCUUUCGUAAUUGACAGGCUUUUGAGUGGUUAAAAAUUGUCGAUGGGAGUUUUAAGUUUUUAGCUUUUUAUUGGUGGAAAUAGGAGGCGAUAAAGCGACUUUAUCAACUGCAUAUUUGUGAACGAGCAAACUCAUUGAGUGAACUCCAUGAAACCUGGUACAAGAGCUCUCGUGAGAUGUAAUGAUAUCUCCUUCCAGACCUGGUGCCACAACCUACGUGGACCUAUUUUGAUUUAUAAAUGAUUUGUAAAAUGCUGCUGAGUUGAUGGUGAUAUAUCAUUAGUUACUUCUGUUAUAUCUAGACUGUUAUGCUCUGUUUCUCAGUCACCAUGUUGUAAUUACACAAUUUAUACUGAACUCAUCAAUCCAUUUGUUAUUGUUGUUCCUUUGCCAAAAAGAUUAAUUUCAAACUUCAGCAUCAUUAGCUGAGGUUAAAGACAUCUCAUCAAAUUUAAUUUAACAUUUAGAUCAUGAAGGUAAAUCAUCAUUGUUGACUUAAGGUAGCACCAUGACCUAGGUACUCCUAUGUAAAAGUAACAAUAGUUCUGACAACGGUAGCAACAUAUCAUUAGUGAGGUCUAUCCUUACCUGUGGUUCUCUAAAAGAGAACUUCAGAAGAUGAUGAUUGGAGUUUUUAUGAGAUAUGAUUAUAUCUCCUCCUGGAUGAGCGCAACAACUCUCCAGGUUUCCAUUCUGACUAUAAAAAAAUGUUAAACAAAUACAUAUAUCUGUAAUACAGCCUACAUCACAGGUGUGUACUGUCCUCAAAACAAACGGACAAUGAAGUCCCAAUCUCUUCGUAAAUGACAGGCUUUUGAGUGGUUACAAUUUUACAAUGUGAGUUUUGGUUUUAGGUUUUCAUUUGUGGAAAUAGGAGGCGAUCAAUAGGCUUUAUCAACUGCAUAUUUGUGAACGAGCAGACUCAUCAAGUGAACUCCAUCAAACCUGGUUCAAGAGCUCUCGUGAGAUGUAAUGAUAUCUCCUCCAGACCUGGUGCCACAACCUACGUGGACCUAUUUUGAUUAUAAUUGAUUUGUAAAAUGCUGCUGAGUUGAUGGUGAUAUAUCAUUAGUUACUUCUGUUAUAUUUGGACUGCUCUGUUUCUAAGUCACCAUGUCGUGAAUACACAAUUUAUAGUGAACUCAUCAAUCCAAUUGUUAUUGUUGUUCCUUUGCCAAAAAGAUUUAUUUCAAACUUCAGCAUCAUUGCCUGAGGUUAAAGACAUCUCAUCAAAUUUAAUUCAACAUUUAAGUCAUCGUUGACCUAAGGUAGCACCAUGACCUAGGUACUCCUAUGUAAAAGUAACAAUUGUUCUGACAACAAUAGGAACAUAUCAUUAGUGAGGUCUAUCCUUACCUGUGGCUCUCUAAAAGAGAACUUCAGAACAUGAUGAUUGGAGAUCUUAUGAGAUAUGAUUAUAUCUCCUCCUGGCUGAGCGCAACAACUCUCCAGGUUUCCAUUCUGACUAUAACAAAAUGUAAAACAAAUACAUAUAUCUGUAAUACAGCCUACAUCACAGGUGUGUACUGUCCUCAAAACAAACGAACAAUGAAGUCCCAAUCUCUUUCGUAAUUGACAGGCUUUUGAGUGCUUAAAAUUGUCAAUGGGAGUUUUAAUUUUUAUGUUUUUAUUGGUGGAAAUAGGAGGCGAUCAAGAGACUUUAUCAACUGCAUAUUUGUGAACGAGCAGACUCAUCGAGUGAACUCCAUCAAACCUGGUUCAAGAGCUCUCGUGAGAUGUAAUGAUAUCUCCUUCCAGACCUGGUGCCACAACCUACGUGGACCUAUUUUGAUUUAUAAUUGAUCUGUAAAAUGCUGCUGAGUUGAUGGUGAUACAUCAUUAGUUACUUCUGUUAUAUUUGGACUGCUCUGUUUCUCAGUCACCAUGUCGUAAUUACACAAUUUAUACUGAACUCAUCAAUCCAAUUGUUAUUGUUGUUCCUUUGCCAAAAAUAUUUAUUUCAAACUUCAGCAUCAUUGCCUGAGGUUAAAGACAUCUCAUCAAAUUUAAUUCAACAUUUAAGUCAUCGUUGACCUAAGGUAGCACCAUGACCUAGGUACUCCUAUGUAAAAGUAACAAAUGUUCUGACAACAUUAUGAACAAAUCAUU